CUCAAAGCUGGAGGCUGGAACGCCGAGGCACGCAGAAGAAACUAGAAAGAAAUUUCCUUCUUCUCAAAUUGCUUCGCUUACGCUCAUAUAUUCUGCGCACAGUCGUUGCCUCCAUUCGCACACCAGUACUGAUUGGAAAUAAUGUCAUCAUCGAAAACUCCGUGUGCCGCGUGCAAGCUUCAGAGGCGAAAAUGCACCCAAGAAUGCGUCUUCGCACCAUACUUCCCGCCGGACAACCCUCGCAAGUUCUCUACCGUCCACCAAGUGUUCGGCGCCAGCAAUGUUUCUAAGCUUCUCACUGAGCUAAACGUGGCUCACCGCGAAGAAGCCGUCAGGUCCUUAGCUUACGAAGCCGAGGCUCGGCUCCGGGACCCAGUCUACGGCUGCGUGGGACUCAUUUCCGUUCUCCAGCAAAGGCUUAAGCACGUACAGAGUGAGGUCGACAAAGCGAAGAAGGAGCUCGCUACUUAUAUAGGCCCUCAGGCUCUACAGCCCAUGGUUCCCGUUUUAGACCCUCAUCAUGGAGUGAUUCCGUUGCACCCUCACCACCAGGGCAAUGUUUAUGGUCCCACCGUUUUCCCCAACAACAAUAACAUGCUGCCGCAGUCCAUGGCGUCUCGCGGCGGACAAUUGGUGAUUCGUGAACCUCAGCAGCAGCAGCAGCAGCGUGCUGAGCAGCAGAUGUUGGGGACGCAGUUAACGACGGAUAUGGAUGUGAGGCAAGUGCAAGAAUUCUUUGGGAUUUAUGAUCAGCAGCAACAACAGCCGCCGCCGCCGCAGCAGCAAGACUUUAUGAGGUAUGGUGGCGGAGGGGGCAUUGAAAUGGGAUCGGUUUCGGGGAGUGGAUUCAGCCAAGCUCCAGAGAUGUCGCCUUCGCUGGCUCUGAACACAUACGACAACGCUUACCAUUCGAUGCAACUACAGCAAGCUCAAGGAGGAGAUCAUCCUCAGCAGCAGAAUCAGCAACACCAUCAUCAUACUCCGCGUCAUCAUCCUCAAGAGUUUCUUCCGCCGCAGCACCAGAAUCAGCAUCAGCAUCAUCAGCCUCUGCACAACCAGCUUCAGGAACAGCUACUUCUAUCGCCACAGCAACAGCAGCCACAGCAACAACUUCAGGAGCAGAUGCUUCUACCGCAGCAACCGCACCAUCAGCAGAAUCAGUGUCACCAUCAGCAGCCUUCGCAUCAUCAGGUUCAGGAGCAGCUAUUUCUUCCGCCACAGCAGGAUCAGCAUCACCCUCAUCCUCCUCAGCACCAUCAGCUUCAGGAACAGCUUCUUCUACCGCCCCAGCAACAGCAACACCAAGAGCAAUCGGAAGGUUUGGAUGGUAGGAGCGUUGGUCCUUCUUCCUGAUUUCCAAUUUUGCAGCUCUUGCGCCUUCGACGAUGUCGUCUAACAUUUUUAACUUUGUUCUGAACAGAUUAUUUCGCAGACCUACUGCUGGAGUUGAUAUAUAAGAGAUAAUAUUGCGUACUGGUGAGACUCGCUCCUGCAUUAUUAUUAUUAUUUUAUUUUUGGCACCGAAGAGAGCUUCGGAGACUGAGAAUCAUUUUUGAAAGUAAUUAAGAUCUCAUUGAUGUUGGAGAGAACUGCCUAUUUCAAGCGGGAAUCCAUGUUCUGUCUCUUCUUUUUCCAUCAGCUAAGUUGUAAAUCAGAAUUUAGAAAGCGGUGAAGGCUCUUUCUCCCUUGCUUCGUUAUA